AUGGCAAGUCCCUUACACAGCCUGCCACAUGUGCUCGACCGCAGCCCGGCGAAGUGUUCGCCGGUCAAACCGUCCAGCCCCGACCCUAGCUCAACUAAACCUCUCCUUCGGUCGGGGCCGAAUGGCCGACCCCGCGUCCCGAAGGAGAGGCUUAUGCCAUAA